AUGGGUUCACAUCAUGAAGGAGGAUUACAAAGAAUAUCAGAAAUACACUGUGCUUAUGAACCAUUGCACUAUGUUCUCAUGUUUCCCAGAGGUGAAGAUGGGUGGCAUCCUUACAUUCCUAUAAAAGAAUCUAUAACCUUUGAUGAUGAUAAGGCAAGCACUACAAAAAAACAUGUUAGUGCAAUGAAUUAUUUUGCAUACAGACUUCAAUUAGGUCGGCCAGGUGAAGCAGUAGUCCUACAUCGAUUUGGAAGACUUUUUCAACAGUGGAUUCUUGAUAUGUAUGCAAUCAUAGAACAAAUGAGUUUGAAUUAUUUGAAGUUUAACCAAAAGCAGCUGUGCUCUGAACUAUACAGUGGAUUGCAGGAUGCAGUACAUGCACAAGAUAGUAUGCAUGAAUCAUCAAACAUAGAACAGCAGAUAAUUUUGCCAUCAAGCUUUACAGGAGGACCUUGCCAAAUGCAUCAACUUUAUCAAGAUGGAAUGGCUAUUGUACAAGUGUUUGGCAAACCUGAUUUUUUUAUUACAAUGACUUGCAAUCCACAAUGGCCUGAAAUUACUAAUGAGCUUCUUCCAGGUCAAAUGGCACAAAACAGACCUGAUUUAAUUGCCUGUGUAUUUAAUAUGAAGUUAAAAGUGAUGCUUGGAGAUAUUUUAAAAGAUGAUAUUUUUGGAAAAGUGAUAGCUUACCUUUAUACUAUAGAAUUCCAAAAGCGUGGAUUACCUCAUGCACACAUUCUCUUAAUUCCUGCCCAGGAGCACAAACCCAGGAUGAUUGAUGACUAUGAUGCUAUUGUGUCAGCUGAGAUUCCUGACAGAGAUAGUGAUCCAUAUACAUUUGAUACUGUCAAACGAUCAAUGAUACAUGGUCCUUGUGGUGCUUUUAUGCAAAAUGCCCCAUGUAUGAAAAAUGGAAGGUGUUCUAAGGGAUAUCCAAAGCAUUUUCAGGAAAGUACUGCUGUAAAUAAUGAUGGGUACCCUAUUUACAAGCAAAGAGACAAUGGAAAAACAGUAGAAGUGUGUGGAGCAACAUUAGAUAACAGAUGGGUUGUUCCGUAUAAUCCAUAUCUUUCUACUAGAUAUGAUUGCCAUAUAAAUGUAGAGAUUUGUUCAUCCAUUACUGCAGUAAAGUAUCUCUUUAAGUAUGUCUAUAAAGGACAUGAUUGUGCUACUGUAGAAAUAAGAAGACAAAACCACAAGCAAGAAACUGUUGUACACCUCCAAGUUCAUCUUCCAGGACAGCAUAGAAUUAUAUUUUGGGAUGAUGAAUGUUUAGAAAAUGUAGUUGAACAUGCCAAUUCUGAAAAAACAACACUUACAGCAUGGUUCCAAGUUAACACAUUAUAUCCUGAAGCAAGAGAGCUUACUUAUGGAAAUUUUCCUACUCAGUGGGUUUAUAACAAGCAAACCAAUAAAUGGAGUCCAAGGCAACGUGAAAAUGUAAUUGGGCAUAUGUAUUUUGUUUCUCCAAUGGCAGGCGAGCAAUAUUAUUUAAGAAUUUUACUUAAUGAAGCCAGUGCCAUUUUAGGAUUGCUACAGAAUGGUGAAGAAUGGGAUCAAUGUUUAGCAGAAGCUGCUCAGGUACAGACUGGAUCACAACUAUUUCAUGAUAAUGUUGAAAAUACUGAUAUCCACAACCAAGCUUUAACCCAUUUGCAAUCAAUUUUAAAUAGGUGUGGAAAAUGUCUUAAAGAUUUUCCUGAUAUGCCCAUACCUGAAGUUCUUUCUGAUUGUGAUCAAGACAAUUAUCUAAUUUAUGAAGAACAAAGCUAUAAUAUUGAAGAGCUUACUCAAACAGUUGAAAAUGGAAUUCCUCAAUUAAAUGCAGAUCAGAAAGUUGCAUUUGAAAAAGUUAUAACUGCUGUGGAAAAUCAAACCCCUGCUAUGUUUUUUAUUGAUGGUCCAGGUGGAACAGGAAAAACUUUUUUAUAUAAUGUUCUACUUGCAAAGAUUCGUUUAGAUGGACAUAUUGCUCUGGCAAUAGCUUCUUCAGAUUCUACCUGUUCCAUCUCUCAUGGCUCUGAUACAACCUUACUAUUGCAAAGAACAAGUCUUAUUGUAUGGGAUGAAGCUCCAAUGAUGGAUAGAUAUGCAUUUGAAGCUGUAGAUCACACUUUAAAAGACCUCAUGAAAGCUGUUGAUCCUGAGUUGGAAGGAAAACCAUUUGGAGUUAUGAAACUUAAAAUUAAUAUGCGUCUUCGUUGUACUACUUCUGAUCUUAUUGAACAAGAUGAAUUUGCUAGAUGGCUCCUUAAAGUUGGUGAAGGUCACAUUACUGCUGUUGGACCUGAGAAAAACACUAUUCAGCUUCCUGAUGACAUUGUUUUAUCAUUUGAAGAAUUAACUGACUUAACUCAGUUUGUAUAUUCUGGAUUUUCAUCACAUACCAAUUCACAAUAUUUAGUUGAGCAUGCAAUUCUUGCCCCUAAGAAUGAUCAGGUUAAAGCUAUUAAUGAUAUAAUUAUGACUCAAUUUCCAGGAGACACUGUUGAGUAUCUUAGCACAGAUAUGGUUGAAGAACAGGCUGAGGCAGAACAUUUGUAUCCUGUUGAAUUUCUUAACUCUCUAACUAUUGGAGGUCUUCCACCUCAUAGGCUCAUAUUAAAACCUGGCGCACCAAUUAUUUUAUUAUGCAAUAUUUCUCCUUCUGAUGGUCUUUGUAAUGGAACCAGAUUAGUCUGCCAAUCUUUUAAUAGACAUGUUAUUGAAGCUGAAAUUAUUACUGGAAAACAUUCUGGAAAUUGUGUUUUUCUUCCUCGCAUUACAAUGACACCUUCAAAUACAGAUCUACCUUUUAUUUUCAAAUGUCAUCAAUUCCCUGUGCAGCCUGCCUUUGCAAUGACUAUCAAUAAGUCUCAAGGACAAACAUUAAAUUUGGUUGGUUUAUAUCUUCCAACACCAGUAUUCUCUCAUGGACAAUUAUAUGUUGCCUGUUCAAGAGUAACAUCAUGGAAGAACUUGAAAAUUCUUACCUCUAAAUGCAAUGGAGAAAAUGUGCAUUGUGCUAAUCUUACAUCUAACAUUGUUUACCCUGAAGUGUUACAAUAG